AUGGCAGGUCCAGAGACUGAUGCCCAAUUCCAUUUCACUUGAAUCAAAAAAUAUUUCAACUUUACGCUCACAAGUAGAAUGAACUGUGUACUGGCCAUAUAUGGAGGCAUUGCUCUGCUGGUCUUAUACUUCAAGUUAAGUUCUGAGAAAACUCCAGCUGCAAAAGCAACAUAA